AAAGGCUCAUCACGUGGUGCGCGUACAGUCGGGCAGGCGACUACAGCUGAAGUUUGGGCAAGGCGAGACAAGUCCAGGAUAUGGAGUUGCCGGCUGUGAAUUUAAAGACUUCCUUCCUGUUAAGAUGACACCGUGACAUAAUGAUAUCUAAUGAUCUUUUUUACAUAGGCAAUUGUGUUCACACACUGGCUGCUGACAGUAUUUGCAUGCAUGAUUGAUUGGCUUCCUAGAGCCUAUGGUUUGGCAAACAUAACAGUACUGGCAAUGGGAGUUUGGGCAAUUGCACAGAGGGACUCUGCUGAUGCAAUUUUUAUGUUUUUUGUUGGCCUCUUACUGACUGUUUUGACGGAUAUCCUUCUUUUUGCACUGUACUUUGCUGGAGCAGAGAAAGCCUCUGAAUCAGGACCUCUUCGAGAUUUGUUUCGCUUUAGUUCUGGCAUGGGCAUUUUAAGCCUGCUUCUCAAACCAUUGUCUUGCUUCUUCAUGUAUCAUAUGUAUCGUGAGCGAGGGGGAGAGUUCUUUGUCAAUCUAGGAUUCAUUACAGUUUCCCGAGAUCGCAGCUCCUACCAGUCCAUCGAUCAUGUGGAUCCUCCAGCUGACCAAGAUAAAUUGCCAUCCCGCGCAUAUUAAAAAUAAACCGCAUAAAAAUACUGUGAUCAUAAAAAAUAACUGUGACCAAAAGAAUGCAAAAAACAGAAGCAAGGUCUGAAGUUGUAAUACUUGUCUGAUCCCUAGGCUAUAAAUGCCUUAUGUUCUCAGGGAGCAGAACUAGUAAAACAUGUGAGGGGGACCAUUCCUGUUUAAGUCAAAAAGAGGAGACAACAACAGUAUCCAUGGUCUAUAAAAGUUAAAUAGCUGUUGUGUUCAAAAUUAGAUCUAUAUAUUUUUAAUUCAUAUAUUGGAAGGAGGUUAGAAAAAAGAAAAAAGUCUCGCUAUCACUUCAGAUGCGAGGCAAUCCUAUUCUCUGUGACAAAUGUUGGAUGUUCCUACAACUUCUUUGGUUUUGUAUUUUUAGACAGAUUUUUUGUUCAAUAAGGCAUACUUGCUAACCUUUCAACUGUAUAAACUGUGAACAGGAUGAAUAUAUAUAUAUAUAUAUAUAUAUAUAUAUAUAUAUAUAUAAACACAUUUAAUGUUAACAUAUUUCUGUAAUAUAUUGGCAUUUUGAUGGAUUUAAAGAAAUGUUAAGAAUAAAAGACUUUAUAAUCACCAUA